GGAAACGAAUCCGACAACAGUGGUGAACAUUGUGCGCUUAAUAAUCUGUUUCCAUUUUGGGGAAAACAUGGAAAUAGGUCGGAAAUACCUUUGGCUGGGAGGGCUCCUCCAGCUGGUGGUUGUGCUGUUUAGUUGCAAUCAGACAGCGUUGGCCAACCCGAACGGAAUUAACUUAUUCAAAGCAGAUUUGCUUCGGAAUAAGAAUGAGGACGAGGAUUAUGGAGCCCUGGCGAAUGAAGAGAUUUUUAGUGAACCCAAGCUGUUCUUUUACCGAACUCCAGUAUCUCCCUUGACCGAUUACCAUCUCUACGAUUCGUAUGAUAAACGCACCUUUAAUAAGUACAAAAACAUGAUGAUAAACAAAGAUGCACCUGAAGUAUUGAUGACCGAUGACCGCGAUGAGGAACCAAAUAAGGGGGCGGCGCGGAUCGUUUUUUCGCGAAUUACACCAAAGCGAAGCCCAGGAGCAAUCCUCAGCUGGGCUAUACCGGCGGCCAAUAGAGUGCGAGUUAUUCCAAACAGUUACCGACCGCCGGCAAUCAACCGACCGGCCGCCUAACUGCAGUCUCUCCAGUUAUCAUGAGUUCUUUACUGAACCCCAACGUAUCAAGCACACUCAUCAACCUCCUUGCCAUCAAGGAAAAUAAU